AGCGAAAUUUAGAGCUCAACGGUUCAGAACCAAAGUCUCGAAAUAUGCACACAACAACAAAAACAAAAACAACAAACAACAAAGCCUCUUAAACUCCAAAACAAUGUCCAAAAGCAAUUAAAAUAAAAGGGCAAUGGCAUCGGUUCCAGUUCUUUUGCCUUGGCCCUUUUCCUUUGGCCCCUUCUUCUCUUCCCUCGAUACCCCCCCACUAUUUCUCUCUCUCUCUACCUCUUUUUCAAGUCUCCUACCUCUCUUACGCUAACCCUUCUCUUUCCUUUACUUUGAGUUUUAAUGUUGAAUUUUCUUGUAUAUAUUAUAAGAAUAAUUCAAUUAUUAUAACAGUGGAGGCAAGUGUCAACCCAUGGCUUGGCUAAAGCAAAAGUGCAUAUAUAUAUACCAAGCAAGUUGAUCUAUCUCAACACUCUUCCUUGUCUCCCUCCCUAAAACUUGAGCCCAAGACAAAGGGCAACAUCCCCCACCAACCGCUAUCUCUUUCUCUAUCUCUCUCCACCAUGCACCACCACCACCACCAUCCACACGUUUCUUCACCGCACGCUACACAAAAGAGACUCAAGUUCUGCAUCAACGACCACAUCGACAUUCUCAUCGAAAUACUCAAACGCCUCGAUGGCCGCUCACUCGGUGUCGCCGCCUGCGUUUGUCGCCUCUGGUGCACUAUUGCCCGCAAUGACUCUCUUUGGGAGGACCUCUGCUUCCGCCAUGUCUCUCCUCCACCUUCGGGCGUACGUGCCGUCGUUGUCGCUCUAGGCGGCUACAAGAGGCUCUACAUGGUUUGUGUUCGUCCCGUACUGAGUCGACUCGGUCGGCGGUUGAGACUCGGUGACUCUGACCGGGUUGGGAGAGUAUGGACUCGGGACGAGGUGCAACUCUCACUUUCUUUGUUCUGUGUUGAUUAUUAUGAGAGGCUUGGGAGGCUUGGUGGCGGUGGUGGUGGCAGCGGCGGCGGCGGCGGGGGUGGUGAUACAUCUGCAGCGUCGCUCAUGUUUCUGUGCAAGCCCGUGAACGUCUGAACUGUUGGCGUUUUUGUUGAGUUAGAGAUUAUCAUCUGUGGUCAUGGCGAAUAAUAAGAAGUCCGUGAGUGAGUUUUAGGAUAGUCUUAGGAUACUAAUAUGUUUAUAAAUUUAUUUAAUUCCAAAAAAAAAAAAAAAAAGCAAAAGUGAGAUAUUCUUUU